AUGUCAUCUCCUGAGACGACAGACUCUGGUCUUCCAGAACGCAAGUCGAUUAACUCACUUUCAUCAGCCGAACAACAAACUCUUUGCAUCCCUGCACAAGACGAACGCCUUGGAUCUGAUAAGAAUGCCUUCCAACAACAGCAGCAAUCUUCAGACACCUCCAAAGUCGAAGUUGCAACCCCAAGUCCAGCUUUUGACCAGGAAGCUUUGGAAAACUACAAGCCAAAGACGCUCAAGUUCUGGCUCAUCAUUAUUUCAGUCUUUGCUGCCAUGUUUCUCGUCGCUCUGGAUCGUACAAUCAUUGCAACCGCCAUUCCCCAGAUAACAAACGACUUUCAGAGUCUGGGAGAUAUAGGGUGGUAUGGUUCUGCCUACAUGCUCACCACCGCUGCUUUCCAGCUCAUCUUUGGUCGCAUCUACCGCUUUUAUGACCUGAAGAAGACCUUCUUGGCCUGUAUCUUGACUUUUGAAAUCGGUUCCGCUAUCUGCGGAGCUGCACCCAAUUCAGUUGCCUUUAUCGUCGGGCGAGCUAUUGCUGGCAUUGGCGCAGCGGGAAUAAUGACAGGAUCAAUGAUGUCUAUCAUCCCCAUGGUUCCUCUUCAUAAGCGACCUCUCUUUCAAUCAAUGUUUGGUAUGGUCUUUGGCGUUUCAUCAGUUGUUGGCCCCCUAAUCGGUGGAGCUUUUACUCAACAUGCCACUUGGAGAUGGUGUUUCUACAUGAAUCUCCCUGUUGGCGCUGUGGCCUCAAUCUUUCUCUUCUUCUUCCACACUCUCUCAGAGAAGAAGCGCGAAUCUGUCCCUGCCCUCGAGCACAUCACCCGCCUCGACCCGCUUGGAACCUUCUUCUUCGUGCCAUCUAUGGUUUGCCUCAUCCUUGCACUCCAAUGGGGAGGCUCGACAUAUGCCUGGAGCAGCUGGCGACUCAUCCUUCUCUUUGUCGUGUUUGGUGUCACACUUAUUGCCUUUGCUGUUGUGCAGAUUAAGAUGCCCGAAACGGCGACCAUCCCGGUCAAGGUCAUCACUCAGCGAACGAUGUUGGCUUGCGCGUGGGUUUCUAUAUUUGCCGGUGGUAGCAUGAUGGUUGCCGUCUACUAUGUUCCUCUAUGGUUCCAGGCUACCAAGGACGUCAGCCCGGUUGACUCCGGCAUUUACACCAUUCCCCUCGUUCUCAGCCUUGUGGUUGCCAGUAUCAUAUCUGCUGCUUUUACACAGAGAAUUGGCUACUAUGUCCCUUCGAUGAUAAUAUGCCCCUGCAUUAUGUCUAUUGGACAAGGACUCCUGACCACCCUUAAGCCCGACACUGGCUCAUCGCACUGGAUCGCCUUCCAAUUUUUGGUCGGCUUUGGCCUAGGUCUUGGAAUGCAAAGCGCUGGUCUCGCUAUUCAGGCUACACUUCCCAAAGAAGAAGUCCCUACUGGCCUCUCCAUCACCUUUUUCGGCCAACAACUUGGCGGUGCUAUCUUUGUCUCUGUCGGCCAAACUAUCCUCAGUGGACGUCUCGUGGAGCGACUUUCGGGCAUCCCUGGGCUUGACUCUAAGAGUCUUGUUCAGACUGGUGCUACAGAGCUGAAGAAGAUAGUGCCAUCGCAGUAUGUUUCCCAGGUGACAGAGGCAUACAACUACGCAAUUACACGGAUAUUCUUUGUUGGUGUGGCUUUGUCAUUGGGACAACUGGUCUGCGCAUUGUGUGUUGAAUGGAGGAGUAUCAAGCCUAAGAAAGCCGAGUCCUCGCCCGAGACUGGCAACGUUUCGCAGGAGCAAAAGACGGAGGAGUCAUGA